GCAGCAGGUGUAAUCGCAGGUGCAUUCGGCUCGCAUGGAUUGAGAAGUAGGCCCGGGAUUGAUGCAGAUAAGAUUCAUGCUUGGGAAACCGCCGCACAUUACUCUAUAUUCAAUGGCCUCGCGUUGAUGAUCCUGUCAAUGCACCCACGCUUCUCUGUACAUCGGUUCGCUGGGCCAGCAAUCGCAGCAGGCAGCUUCGUAUUUUCAUCAAGCAUAAUCGCCCUCGUGUUGAAUCGUGAGAGGUUCAAAGCCUUUGGACCGAUCACACCAAUGGGCGGUGCGGUGAUGAUUGCGGGGUACGUUGUCGUUCCGACCUUUGAUAGAUUUUGUGUGAUUGUUCCGUCCGAUAAAGUGUGA